AUGGCAAACCUUUUGAAGAAGAUGUUAACUCUGUUACAGAGCAAAUUCGAAAAGAAAGAGGAGAAAGACCAUAGGGAUGAUGAGGAUGCAAAGAGGAUUUGGGAGUCACUUUCGGAAGAUAUAUUAGGCGAAAUUAUCCGCAAAUUAAGUUUACGUGAUGCUCUUAGUAUGAGUAGGACUUGCAUGUCAGGGAGAUCUGCAUUGCAAAACAAUGUCCAAAACAUUGUCAUCUUCCCGUGGAUGAUGUUACCUUAUGAAAGGGAAACCAAUUGUGUGAGAUUCUUUGAUUUGUGUGGAGGCUUUCUUUAUAAAUUCAACCUCCCCAAGAAAUUAGGAAGAGUCCAUUGGUGUUUUGGAUCUUCCAAAGGUUGGCUUAUAAUUGCUAAUGGCCCUCAACGCAAUCCCCGAAGUUUUCUCUUCAAUCCAAUCUCAGGUAUACAUAUUCAGUUACCUCCUCUCACGACAAUUCCAUCUUUUCAAACUUACCUAACUCACCAAUCUGAAUUGAAAGUUUCACGAGAUAUUGAUCACUUUUUUGUUAAAUUCGAAUUAUCAUCGACAGAUUCUACGAAUGUUAUAGUUGCAGGAAUCAUGUUUCCAUAUGAUAAGUUGGCAAUUUGCAGGCCAAAAGACAAGAGUUGGACUAUCUGGGAUUAUGAUACUUAUUUACGAGACAUCCUAUAUUCUAAUGGAAUAUUGCAUGCUUUGAUCCACACAGAAUUACAUUUUCUUGAAACACAUCCAUUGAGGGUAGGGGAUGAGGAUGUUAUUCUCAAAAUAUUAUCAGUCCCUUGUCCUGAUAUCCAACAAUAUAAUGAAAUUGAAUUUGAAUUAGGAUCAACAGCGGUUUGUGGAGGGGUUGAGUCAUAUUUGGUGGAGUCCAAAGGUGAAAUUUUACUUGUUCAAAAGAUGCUUGAACAUACAGCUACUCAAAUAGACUACUAUGAUCAUUAUGAUACUAGGUGUCUAUUUAAUUAUGACUCAACUCGUGGAUUUUAUGUGUUGAAGAUUGGUUAUCCUACUAUCGCAUCCAUCGAUACGACUGGGUUAAAUAGCUUGGAUGAUCAAAUAUUAUUUGUGUCACAACACAGUUCAUACAUUCUAGAUAGAAAUCUCAACUACUUGGAAGGGAAUUGCAUUUUCUUUUUGGAUGAGAAUGGUCAUGUUUACGAGGAAGAUUAUGAUCUGGGAGGAAAUCUUCUAUUUUGUGAACCACAUCCCUCUCGCGAAUCGGAUCUCCCAAGGCCUUUUGCAUUGCCUUUUUCGCCGCCUUCCUUGAGGCCAGGAAUGUGUUUCUUUGUUGGUGUUGACUGUGGUUCAAUGUGUGUCUUUGUUGGUGUUGACUGUGGUUCAAGUCUUCAGGAAAAAAUACUUAGCUACUGUGGCUUUGUUGAUGGUGUAGUUGGUAUACUGAAUAAUUGA